AGAUAGUUCUUGUAUACAACGAAAACAAAUAGUUCUUAUCAAUAAAGUUUGGCAUUAAUCACGGCUCUGAUUUAGAUUAAUGAUGUGAUUCCUCCACGAGGACGUUUUUCCAUUCCGUUCCGAUCUGAUCCGAUCCCACUCCAAAAUGAACCACGGAGACCAGAGUCACAACCAAAGGAGUCAGCGGAGCCAGGAGCGAACUGGCGGAGGCGAUUCCACAAACGACAGGGAGAAGGAGAAGAAGGGCUGGUUCCACUCGCUUACCAGGCGCAAAAAAUCCGACUCAGUGCUAGCCGUGUCCUCAUCCACUAGUGGAUCCCAGAACAACAACAACGAAGUUUGCGUCCUUGAGGCAGCGGAUUCAUCUAUGGCCAGCUGCAGCAAUGGGGGCACGGGAACACUGCGCAGGCGGCGAGACAAGGACAAGCGAAACGUGUUUGCCAGACUUCGAAGGAAGGUGGGCCAAGGGCUUAGCUCCCUACGCAACUGGCACUCUAUGGGGGACUGUGACGACGGUGGAACCACAGAUGCCACCUAUGAGUUCCUCACGCCAGCCAUCUGUACGGAACCCACGCUUCUGUUCACCCACGACUACAUGCGCUUCAUUAGAAAAAAGUGGUUGGAACGCGAGGACCACUUGCCCAAUCAGGUCAUGUACAAGGCCUGCUCCGAGAUGCUCAACCAAGUGUGGUAUUGGGGCGAGAUCUCCAGGCGCGAUUCACAGCGGCAGUUGAGCGACAAGCCGACUGGGUCGUUCCUGGUUCGAGACUCGGAAACCAGUGGAUCCCAGUUUACAUUGAGCUUCCGAAUUGUGAAUGUAACGCUGCACUAUCGUUUGGAGUUCCGCGAUGACUUUUGGCACUUCGAAGAGCUUAAGUACGUGUCGAUUGUAGAGAUGAUCGAGGAUAUAUUGCACCGCUGCACCAACGACAACUUCGUCUGCUUUGUGAAGGUUCCCAACGAGAUGCAGCCGCCGUUUCCAGUGAUCCUGAAGUACCCGCUGAGCAGGUACGCCAACAUGCCCAAGCUGCAGGAUCUGUGCCGACGCGUCCUACAGCGCCAAAUGUCGCGGGAGCAGCUAGCCCAGCUGCCUGUACCGGCGCAGAUGCUGGAGUAUUUGUCGGUGGAGCGGGAGCUGGUCUUCCAGAGCUAGGCGCCCGCCAUCCACCGCUGGUCAAAGCUUUAACACGGAAGUAAACGCAAGCACGUACACCAAAGAGGUCCGGGCAAAUUGAAUCCCAUCCUGCAAUGACUCGUAAUGAUAUUUGUUGGUCGGAUUGGCAAUAUGUUUGUAAUGCAUUUCUACGCCCCAGUAACUAAGCGCACAGUCUCUCAUCACGUGCACGCCGUAAUCCCAGUGCGCAGGUUUUUACUGUAUUGUACUACUAAGUACCACUAGUACUAGUAUCUUGUCUAGGAUAAGUAACUAUGUUAUUGGCCAUAUUUAGUCUAUUGGUUUGUUUUCCACCGGUCUUGGUCAAGUUUAUACUCUGCACUCGAGUGCGCAAAUCCUUAAAUUUGUGUAAAAAUUGAACUAUUGCAUAAAUGUAUUAACAUUAGUCAUAAGCCAGAUGUAUUGUACUAUUUACGUUGUUUGCAUUUUUGUAUUCCUAACUUGGACACUAACUUUUGCUAAUCUAGAUUGCAUGGAAUUUAGGCAGCUUUACGGCAAUCGAAUCUGUUCAAUGCCAAUUACUCUUGUUGCAAUGUGUAUGUAUUUUAUUUAAAUCUAUCUAUGAAUAUUUUACAAAAAUAAAAUAUCAAUCAACUCAUUGAGCGAUCAUGAUAUCAAUGAAGUUUACGAUUAAAACACGUCAA